AUGGUUUUAGAUUUACCCUGUAUACCAGAAGAUGUCGGCGGAUUAAAAGACAUUACUCUGGCUGUAAAUAAUUCUCUUCCUCCUACUCCGGAUUCCUCGCCUGCUGGUACAUCAAAGAAACAUAAAUUAUACGAUUUUCUGGACUUCAACGGGAAAUCAACGAAACCAAAGAAACGUGUGUUAUUCGAUACUUCUAAAAAAUUACACAAGCCUCCCGUAUCACCCAAGAAGCCUAGUCAGCUUUGUAAAGAGUUAUUAGCUAGACAACUUGGAGGAACACGUUCUCGCAUAAGUCGCAUUCCUUCAAAUCGCCAUGUUGGAAAUAGACUAAACUUAGAAACAUUUUAUUCUCGUCCUUCAGAAUGCUUGAUGAUGCUCAAUCAACUUCCAUUUUGCCUUGGAUUUGCACAUAAUGAAUCGUUACUUGCCGUUUGCACCGAAACAGGUGCUUUAGAAUUGUUUGAUUCCAAAUACUUUGCUCGGCAAAAUGAAGAAAAUCAACCGUCAGCGCGUCGGCUUCAUGGAUGGCUCGCUCAUAAUAAUGCUAUUUUUAAUGUUAAUUUUUCAAGCGAUGAUUCUUUGCUCGCUACAUCCUCUGGUGACCAAACAGCCAAAGUGUUCGAUCUUGCGACACAGCAAUGCAUUACAAGGCUCGGCCGUAGAGGUUUCGAAGGCUACCAUUCUCACUCGGUUAAACAAGUCAACUUUUGUGACGAUUCCCCUUACAAUAUAGUUACCUGUUCUAGGGAUGGAUCACUCAUUUUUUGGGAUAUGAGAACUCAUGGUAUAACUGUUGAUGGCGAACAUCAUCAGAAACCCGUUCUUAAAAUAAAAAAAGCUCAUGAAAGGCAAAAUAGAGACUGUUCGGUUACGUCGGCUGUCUGGUUGCCCAAUUCUACUUCUCAAGUAGUGUCUUCAUGUUCUGGAAACUCUACACUUAAAUUGUGGGAUCUUCGGAACAUCCACACAGUUCGUCCACUUCCUCUUUCUUCUACUCCUGGAAGUAAAACAUCAAAACGCGAUUAUGGUAUCACCAGUGUUUGUGCAUCGCCCGCAGGAGAUCGUGUUUAUGCUGCUUCAAGAGACAACACAGUAUACGAAUACUCUGCUCAGCAUUUAGAAUCUGGGCCCUAUAAAAUGUACAAUGACCCGAGAUUGAGGAUUUCUUCUUUCUAUGUGAAAAUUGCUUGUAGUCCUGAUGGUUCGACUUUGGCCUGCGGAGGAGGUGUACAAAACGAAAAUAGCGGAGCAAUACUUUUUGACACUACUCGGGACGAUUCCUCCUCGUCUGCCAUGCUGGUAGGUGGACAUUCAAAAGAUGUGACCGCAGUAGACUGGUCAAAUGAUAAUCAGUUGGCAAGCAUAUCAGAUGACGGAAGUGUUCGUGUUUGGAAUUCUUCUUUGCACGGUACAGCUGCUAAUCUAAGAGAGAAGAACUUUUCAGAAAUUUUCUAUUGGGGACACAGCGAACGCUAA